CCGCCGCCGCCGCCGCCGCACCACCACCAGCACCACCACCAUGGAGCCGGGGCCGCGCGCGGGCUGAAAAUCCCGCGCAGCUUCCGCGCAGCCGCGCGGGCACGGCGCCGCCAGGGCCAUUUUGGGCCGCUCGCGACGCCCCGGUGACGCCGUCCCGCCGGCCCUGCGCCCGCCGCGGCCACGGAAGACCCAGCCUGCGCCCGCCGCGCCUGCCCGCCGCCGAUGAGCUCCAUGAACCCCAUGAAACCGUCCCUGCCGCCCACGCCGCACGGUGAUGGUUCAUUUGCAUACGAGGCAGUUCCCUGGCAACCGAGCACUAACCAGCCCGCAGGAUCCCUUUCCGUGGUAACCACCGUUUGGGGCGUCAGCAACACCUCGCAGAGCCAGGUUUUCGGCAACCCCAUGGGCCCCGGGGGGAGCAGCUCCAGCACCCCGCUGCUGCCCGGCAUGGCCGGCACCGGCUCGGGCAUGAACUCGCCGCAGUUCAUGGGCCAGCAGCCCUUCGCCGAGGGGGCACCCGGCAAGGGCUACGUGCAGCAGAGCGUCUACGGCCGGGGCUCCUACGCCGGCGGGCCGGGCUUCGGCGCCAGCUACGCCGGCAGCCCCACCGGCCCCGGCGGCAUGGGGCUGCCCUCGCACGCCGGGCGGCCCCCCGCCGAUUUCACGCAGGCGGCGGCGGCCGCCGCCGUAGCCGCCGCCGCCGCCACCGCCACGGCCACCGCCACGGCCACGGUGGCGGCGCUGCAGGAGAAGCAGAGCCAGGAGCUGAGCCAGUACGGAGCGCUGGGAGCCGGGCAGCCCUUCAACAGCCAGUUCCUGCCGCACUCGGGGCCCCGCGGCGCCGCCGUGCCCGCCGGCAUGAACCCGGCGGGCAUGGCGGGCGUCAUGGGGCCCUCGGGCCUGUCGCCCAUGAACGUGAGCCCCGCGCGGGCGCCCGGCAUGAGCGCCCUGUACGGCGGCCAGCGGAUGCCCCAGCACGCCUACCCCGGCCCCCCGCAGAGCCAGCAGCUCCCGCGCCAGGGCGUCAAGCGGGCGUACUCGAACGAGGGUUACGCGGCGCAGCAGUACCUCCAGGGCGGGCAGUACCCCGCCGCCGGGGCCCAGUAUGCCCCCAGCGCCCCGCAGCCCUCGGCGCCAUCCCCGUCCUACCCCGGCCACAGGAUGCAGCAGGGCAUGGGCCAGUACCUCUCCGCCUCGGGCAACGCUGGGCCCUAUUACAAGCCCGCCGACCAGUUCAACGGGCAGAGCGCCAACUUCAGCACCUACAGCCAGGCCGCCAUGAACGGGCCGGGACGGUCGAUGCCGGGAUACCCCAGCUCGCCCCUGCCCGGGAACCCCACGCCGCCCAUGACGCCGGGGAGCAGCAUCCCGCCCUACAUGUCGCCGGGCCAGGACGUCAAGUCGCCCUUCCUGCCGGACAUCAAGCCCAGCAUCAACUCCCUGCACCCGUCGCCCUCGGGCGGGGCGCCGGGCGAGGAGCUGCGCCUCACCUUCCCGGUGCGCGACGGCGUGGUGCUCGAGCCCUUCCGCCUGCAGCACAACCUGGCCGUCAGCAACCACGUCUUCCAGCUCCGCGACUCCGUCUACAAGACCCUCAUGAUGAGGCCCGACCUGGAGCUGCAGUUCAAGUGCUACCACCACGAGGACCGGCAGAUGAACACCAACUGGCCGGCCUCGGUGCAGGUGAGCGUCAACGCCACGCCGCUCACCAUCGAGCGCGGCGACAACAAGACCUCCCACAAGCCCCUCUACCUGAAGCACGUGUGCCAGCCCGGCAGGAACACCAUCCAGAUCACCGUCACCGCCUGCUGCUGCUCGCACCUCUUCGUGCUGCAGCUGGUGCACCGGCCCUCGGUGCGCUCGGUGCUGCAGGGCCUCAUCAAGAAGCGCCUGCUGCCCGCCGAGCACUGCAUCACCAAAAUCAAGCGUAACUUCAGCAGCGGGACCAUCCCGGGCACCCCGGGGCCCAACGGCGAGGACGGCGUGGAGCAGACGGCCAUCAAGGUGUCCCUCAAGUGUCCCAUCACCUUCCGGAGGAUCCAGCUCCCCGCCCGGGGCCACGACUGCCGGCACAUACAGUGCUUCGACCUGGAGUCCUACCUGCAGCUCAACUGCGAGCGGGGGACGUGGCGGUGUCCCGUCUGCAAUAAGACGGCCCUGCUGGAGGGGCUCGAGGUGGACCAGUACAUGCUGGGCAUCCUCAUCUACAUCCAAAACUCGGACUACGAGGAGAUCACCAUCGACCCGACGUGCAGCUGGAAGCCGGUGCCCAUCAAACCCGACAUCCACGUCAAGGAGGAGCAGGACGGGCCGGUGCUGAAGCGCUGCCGGACCAUGAGCCCCACGCACAUGGUGCUGCCCAACAUCAUGGAGAUGAUCGCGGCCCUGGGGCCCGGGUCUUCGCCCUUCCCGGCCCUGCCUCCCCCGCCCGCCGGCACCGCCGCCGACUACGGCACCCAGGGUUCCAACUUUUCGGGGCCCGGGAGCUUCCCGGAGUCGUUCCCGCCCGGCAAUCCCGGCACGCCGACGCUGAGCGAGUUCACGCCGGGGCCGCCCCCCAUCUCCUACCAGUCGGACAUUCCCAGCAGCCUCCUGACCCCCGAAAAGCCGCCCGCGCCCCCUCUCCCCGGACAGCUGCCUCCGUCCGCCCGGAUGGACCCUUCGCACCCCCCCGUGCAGCAGGGACUGCACAACCCGCCGCUGGGCGCCCAGCCGCCGCAGCCGCUGCAUCACCGGGGCGCGCCGGCGCGGCCCUCCCUGGGCCCCGGCGCCCCGGGGGGGCCCGCGCACGCCGCCGACCUCGCCUUCAACCCCGGGCCCGGCAUGGUGGGGCAGCCGGGCAUGGCCGGCGCGGCCGAGGGGCCGGAGCCCGCCCUGGACCUGCUGCCGGAGCUGACGAACCCCGACGAGCUGCUCUCCUACCUGGGCCCCCCCGACCUCCCCAGCAACAGCAACGACGACCUGCUCUCCCUCUUCGAGAACAACUGAGCCCCUCCUCGCCCAGCGCGGCCCCCGGCUGCCCCGGGGAUGCCGACGCCGCCGUCCCCCCCCCCGUGCCGCCGCCGCCGUCCGGGGCUUCAGCCCCCCCCCGAAAGCGGGCAGAGACGGGGCAGGGCGCCCCGGGAAGCCCCCCCCGCCCCGGCGGGAGCCCUCUGCCCCUUCCUGCAGCCGGCGAGCGGGGACGGCCGGACAGACGGACUCGGCUCCAGCGCCGCCGGGUCCCGAGAAGCACAACGCUGUACAUAGUGUAGAAACACUACUGCCUCCUCCACCCCUCCCCGUGUAUUUAAAGGCAAGUGCAUUGCUCCGGGCCCCCCCCAGCCCCGGCCCGCGUUCCCCCCCCUCUUCCCCCGUGUAUAAAUGUGCAUACGCUGCUUUAGUUUGUAAUAUAAACCAUUCCACCGGGGCUGCGCCAGCCCCACGGCGCGACGCCCAGCCCGGCACCCCCAAACCCCCCUCCCCGAGCCCCGCCGCCCUCGGGGGGUUGAUUUUACAGCACCAAACCGAACUGUUGUCCCCCCCCGCAGCGUCCCCGUGUGCCAGGCGGUGCCCGGGGGCCCCGCGCCCACCCGGCCGAGCCCUUUCCCCCCCCGGGUCCCCGUCCCCGGCGGCCCCGUCCGCGCCGGAGUCGCGUGUCCGAGUGCCGAUGACUCUGUUUAGUUCUCGUGUAUCGUUUCAUUAUCGCUCUCUAUUAAAGGAUUUCUUUUUG